UAAAGAACAACAACAAUAUCGAGACCUUCAGCUAACCUUAGUUAAUGUUAGUUGAUAUUUAAGCAAACAUCGUGCGACUUGAACAGCGUAUAAGCAAUGAAAAGCUUUAUAAGAUAUUCAAAAUACAGCGAUUUUCCCAUUGAAAAUUUGCCAUAUGGGGUGUUUUCGACGGCCACUGAUACUACCCCCAGAAUUGGCGUUGCUAUUGGGGAUUACAUACUGAAUCUUUUCGAAGUUGCACAUUUAUUUGAUGGGCCCUACUUAAAAGAAAAAAACCAUGUCUUCAAAGAGUCAUCCUUAAACAGCUUUAUGGCUUUAAGACCUCCAGAAUGGAAAGAAGCUCGAGAAUAUAUUCAAAAGUUACUGUCAGAGAAUGACCCAACGUUAAAAGACAACAAGGAAUUAAUUGAAAGGUGCUAGAAAUAAUAUAACACUAAACAAGCUGUUACCAAAGAAAGAUCAAUCACGGGGUUUUGAUAAAUAGACCAUCAUAGUUUUUAGGGUGGAAGGAGACAUUAAGCACAGAAAUUGAAUGCUUUAUAAAUAUUGGAAAACAAUCUCUGAAUAGAGGGUGUUGAUGUUUCUAAAAUAUUUUUUCGGCUUUUAUCAAAUUCUCAAAGUUUAUUGCUGAUCGAAUAAUACACAAUUUGGCUCAAUUGUCAAGGAGAUUUUCUUUUAACUUUGCUCCAUAUUUUUGUAGAGCAUGAAGUUAAAUAUUUCAAUAAUUUGCUGGAAACCGUUGCACUCUAUCGUGGUUAUAACAGAAAAAUCUUCAAUUUUUCAUCUUAAUAUUUCGCAAGCGUCAUAAAAAUAUACUGCAAACUCGACGACCUGAGCUUUUCACACUUUCG